UAAGAUUCCCUGGGAAAAAAGGAGUCACUCUGAUGGAACUGCAUCGCCUGUAUGUGAAAUGCUGGUGUAGAUUUUUUUUUUAUCAGUCUAACCUUCUGUGUUAAUACAUGAAUGCUGGUACCCACUUACAGGGAUGCCAGAUGAUCAGUGCAGAAUGAAGGUCCCUGGGGAAUGCAUCAUGUGGUUCUCUGCCCUGUGACGUCACCAGCAGAUGGCAUGGGUACCAGCUCUGGCAGUUGGCAUCAAUGUCACUUUUUUAGAGAUCAAUGAGAUACACACAUAUCUAGACUCCUGGAGAUGAUGCGACAUUCGGACUAAUUUAGAAGACAAAAAAUGAAAACUGCUUGCUGAUUUAAACAAGUUUGGAGGGGAUUUAAUUCUAAGCAACAAUGUUAACACUUCCUUUUGAUGAAUCUGUUGUGAUGACGGAAUCGCAGCUCUGUAAAAAAUAUGCACGGGAAAGUGAGGAUCAAAAAGCAGCAAAGAAACCAGAAAGCUGCACUAAACAGCUAGUGUCCCAUGGGAAAAAUAUCAAAAGGUCCCCUGAAGAGGAAACAGAGCAGGAAGAAGAGGAAGAGGACAAGGAGGAAGAGGAUGAAAAUGGAUUGCCAAGAAGGAGGGGACCAAGAAAAAAAAAGAUGACCAAGGUUAGGUUUGAGAGGAUUAAGAUAAGACGAGUUGAGGCUAAUGCAAGAGAAAGGGGUCGGAUGCAUGGCCUCAAUGAUGCACUGGACAGUUUACGGAAAGUUGUACCAUGCUAUUCCAAGACACAAAAGCUUUCUAAAAUAGAAACUUUGAGGCUGGCCAAAAACUACAUUUGGGCUCUGGCUGAGAUUCUCAGGAUUGGGAAAAGGCCAGAUCUUCUCACCUUUGUUCAAAAUUUAUGCAAAGGUUUGUCCCAGCCAACCACAAAUUUGGUGGCUGGGUGCCUGCAGCUUAAUGCCAGAAGUUUUCUCAUGGGUCAGAGUGGAGACACUGUACAUCAUGGAAGAUCUCCAUACAGCUCUAUUUACCCUCCUUAUCACAGUCCUGAGCUUAGUACCCCACCAGGCCAUGGGAGUCUUGACAGUUACAAGACAGGAAAACCUUACAAUUACUGUAGUGCUUAUGAAUCCUUUUAUGAAAGCACCUCUCCUGAGUGCACCAGCCCUCAGUUUGAAGGUCCCUUAAGCCCUCAUUCUAUGAACUAUAAUGGGAUAUUUUCCCUGAAGCAAGAAGAGGCCGUGGACUAUGGGAAAAAUUACAAUUAUGGCAUGCAUUACUGUGCAGUGCCAGGCAGGGGUCCCCUUGGGCAGAGCUCUAUGUUCAAGUUGCCUACAGACAGCCACUUCCCUUAUGACUUCCAUCUGCGCAGCCAGUCUCUCGCCAUGCAAGAUGAAUUAAAUGCAGUUUUUCAUAAUUAAUGAGGAAAAUGAAUAUAAACAGUGGUCAAUCACCUCCCUCCCCCCUUCUAAUUAAGAUAAAGCAGAUGCUUGUUCACACAGUAAUUGACACGGCUUGAUUAAGGUAUCACCGCAGUCCCGAAAGUGUGUUUUAAACUUCUGUGGUCUUGCUUGUUUGUUCUUCAAUCCAUCUGUAAAAGCCAGAUCCGAUGCUAUAUUUUACCUUAUGAUUCGUUUUAAUAUUUUAUUUGAAGAUCGUGUUUAAUUCAUGCACUAAAAGGAUAUUUUAUGUUCAUUUGUUAAAAAGAAACUCUGUUGACGUUAUGUGUAAAAAUAAAGAAAUGUACACUAUUACUAUUCCAAUGUCUAUCUUGUUUGCGCACAGACAAUUUAAAACAAUCAAUAUUAAACUGUUUUCUACCAGAGGGGCCUGUAAGCAAUUGCAAUGAAAUGCCUUGCAGGCCUCAUUUAAAAUGAACAGAUUAGUGACUGCAUAACAAUACACAAUUGAAGCUCAUUAAUCUCAGAAUAGGAAAGUUGAGACUGAACAUGAAAAGUUCAUCAGAUGAAAUAUAAUCAAAAAUGGUGUCAAAACUGCUAUUACUAGCUUCAAAAAAAUCUAUGCUGUUCUCAAGCUCAGAAUGGUAAAUUAGUGGACGCAGAUGGCUGGGGAUCGAGUGUAAGAUUUUGAAUUUUUAAUUAAUAGGUGUUACAGACCAUCUCACUAAAAUGCAUCACUACU